AUGUUUGGAUCCCACGCAGCACAUCGACUCGGUAGUCUGAUGCCGCCAAAAGGCAACCGGCCACCGUGGACCUUGCCCGCCAAGGCCAGGUAUCUCAUCUACGACAACCGGCGCGCCGCUGCCCGGGUCGGCAUCACCGAGUACCAGGCGCCCGAUGACCUGUUUGAGCGAGCAAAGACGCAGUCGGCCCUGCGGGCCCUGCUCUUCAUCAAGGCCAACCACCCCAAGGAGAAGCUCCUGUCGGCGAUGCACUUCCUGCUGCACAGGUUCUGGACGCCCCCCAACGCCGAUGUCGUCGACGAAUCCAGCCUGCGCGCCUUGCUUGCCGAGGCCACCGAGAUGCCUGGCGGCGGAGCCAAGCUGUUCACCGAGGCGGACGUUGGCCGGAUCAUGGAUGGCAGGGCCGAGAUGAAGAAGAGGUUGAUCGAGGACACCGCCAUGGUUGUCGAGUCGGGCGCUUUCGGGUGCCCGUGGAUCUUGGCGACGAACUCCAAGGGCGAAACUCAGCCCUUCUUUGGGAGUGACCGUUUCUUUUCCCCCGUCUCUCGCCAUUUUGUAGUAGCAGUGAUUUCAACGCCAACCACCCCACGCAUCUCGCACUUCUUCCGCGAAUUCGUGACCAACCUCGCGAUGCAGCCCGAGUUGACGCUCAUCGUCGCCGCCACGCGCAGCAUGGGCAUCGGCCUGAACGGCACCAUGCCGUGGACAGGUCUGCGCAAAGAGAUGCAGUAUUUCGCGCGCGUCACGACGCGGGUUCCCCCGCAGGUAAGUUUGCUCCCAUCCCCGUCGCGAACAGGGUACGCACAUGGUAACCCGCCCGGCGUGGUCAAGGCGGCCCCCAACUCUGUCAAUGCCGUCAUCAUGGGCCGCAAGACGUGGGACUCUAUCCCGGCCAAGUUUAGGCCCCUGAAGAACCGCCUCAACAUCAUCGUGUCCCGGCAGCACUCGCCGACGCUUCCUGCAGAGAUUACGGCCUCUGAACCUGUGAGGGUGUCCUCGCUCGAGCAGGCUGUCGAGUUUGCGAGGACGCACCCCACUAUAAGUAGGGUGUUUGUCAUGGGGGGAGGACAGAUAUACGAUGCCGCGCUCAAGAUGGAUGCCGCGAAGAGGGUGUUGCUGACGAGUAUAGAGAGGGAGUAUGAGUGCGACACCUUUUUCGGCUUGGAUUUGAGAGGUGAUGCGGCGAGGAGCGCCGGAUGGCGGAGGAAGGAAAGUGACGAGUGGAGGGCGUGGACGGGAGAAACUGGAGAUGCGACGAUGGAGGAGGGCGGCGUUGGGUACGAGUGGCAGAUGUGGGAGAGGGAAUGA